AGGCAGGGCCGCGGGUUAGGGUUUUCCCGCCUUUUUUUUGGUUCCCUUCCCCGGGGCGUGUGAAGGAGCGCGGCAGGCAUGGCUGGUACUAUGAUAGUAGUUGGCCUGACAAUAGCUGCAGCUGGUUAUGCAGGUCGCUAUGCGCUGCAAGUAAUAAAGCAAAUGGAACCACAAGUAAAGCAAACACUGCAAUCUCUGCCAAAAACGGCCUUCAGUGGUUAUUACAGAGGUGGAUUCGAAAGCAAAAUGAACAAGCGGGAAGCUGCCUUAAUAUUAGGAGUGAGUCCUACAGCGAACAAAGCAAAAAUCAGAGAAGCUCACAGAAGAAUCAUGCUUUUGAAUCAUCCUGAUAAAGGUUGCCUAAUUUGUUACCCAGAUCAACUGGAGUUGCUUGGUCCAUAAUUGAAUCUAAUUAGAGCAAGAAGCUCUUGGAAUUCUACAUUUGAUUGGACAGAAAGAGUAUUGAAGCUUUUCAACUUUUGGGGAAAACCCUUGAAAAUACCCCCGACAGCCUAGAAAACCAAUGAAUAGAUCGCAGAACAAGUCAAUUCAGAGUUCUCAUUGAAAUAAUAAUUAAUCAGACUUCUAUGCAAAAACCCAAUUCUCUUCAGAAGUCUAUAAUUCCAAGAAAGAUGGAAAGAAAGAGAAGAAAAAAGACAAUCAGCAAGCUGGAUGCACUCAAAUACAAUGGACCACACUGGAGAUAGAUCAUCUAGGUCAGUCUAUGUCAGGGAUGUCAAACUCAAGGCCCAGGGGCCGGAUACGGCCUGCAAGGUAUUUAGAUCUGGCCUGUGGGGCCACCAUGGAAACAGCGAAGGUCUGGCUGCUUCUGUCAGCGACAACAGAACUCAGGAGGACCACAUGUGGCCACGCCGCCGCUGCCCCCCCCCCCCCCCCAGCGGUGAAACACAACCCUGAUGCAGCCCUCAAUGAAAUAGUUUGACACCCCUGGUCUAUGUGAUUGCUAAGAAUCGAUACUAACUUGAUGUCCAACUUAAUAUAAAAAGCUUGAAUUAAGCUGUAAGAAACAAUAGAUAUUUUCCUGAAAUCCAUAUUGAUAAUUUUGAUACUCAAAAACUCUGAAAAAUAAAUAUUUUAGAUAAUG